AUGGAUCGACGGCAAUGGUCGCCGAAGCCACUGAAAAAGGUGUCGGAAUACUCGAAACCCUCGAAGGUUCCUAGAGCUCGUGAUGGUGAAGGGAGGCUGGGCUCGCCAGGGUUGGGAUUAAGCAUGGAUCGCCUGCCUACUCUGGUCAUUUUCCGACCGGUCACGCGUCUAGCCGUGGCCGGAGCACCAAGAUUGCUGGCAAAAACUGGUGGGCUUGGUUUUAGCGAAGGGAGAGAGAGACGCAGUAAAAAAAAUUAA